GGGCUGCAGAAAGACGGGACUCGCCGCGGCUUUUGAUUGGCUGGCCGGCCGGCCGGGGCGCCUGGGUCGCCUCUCUCGCGCCACUUUCGGGCGCGUUGGCGCGAGCGGAGAGCGUGGUCGGGGCCAUGGCGGAGAGCGAGAGCCGGCGCGGCGCUACAUCAGACUCUGGAAGUUUUGCAGUGUCACGUUCUCGGCGUGAGAGAAAAUCUAAAAAAGGACACCAAGAAGCUCUAGAACUCUUGAAAAAGGCCAAGGCGGGUGAAAAAGUAAAAUAUGAGGUUGAGGAGUUCACAAGUGUUUAUGAAGAAGUUGAUGAAGAACAGUACUCCAAGAUGGUCAGGGAACGCCAGGAUGACGAUUGGAUUGUAGAUGAUGAUGGGAUAGGUUAUGUAGAAGAUGGAAGGGAAAUCUUUGAUGAAGAUCUAGAAGAUGAUGUCCUUGGUUCCAAGAAGAAAGUAGGAAAAAGUGACAAAACAUCCACAAAUGACAAAAAGAAUGUGAAGAAGUCUGUGGUGUCAAAGCCAAACACUAUCAAGACUAUGUUUAUGGCUAGUGCUGGGAAGAAAAACACAGAUAAAACUGUAGAUUUGUCCAAGGAUGAUUUACUUGGGGAUAUUCUGCAAGAUCUGAAUGCUGAGACCGUUCAGAUAACUCCACCUCCAGUUGUAAAGCUAAAAAAGAAAAGACCUGUUGGAGCUUCACUGAAUCCUUUCUCUGUACAGUCACAGGCCCAUACGGUAGUAACCCCAAUAGUAAGGAAAGCUCCCACUACUGUCAGAAAGGAAGUUCUUUCUCCAACUACCUCUGAUCCUAAGCAUACCACUUAUGCAGCAAAACCUUCUGCAGUCCAUAAAGAGAAUGGUGCUGAGUAUACAAUAAAAGCUGCGGAAAAUGAAGAACUGGUGAAGGCAAAACCAGAGAAAGCUAUUCAAGAAGAUGAUCAGGGCAUGAUGGAUUUUGAGGAUGGGGAUUUUGAUGAACCGAUGGAAGCGGAUAUACCAGAGACUGCCGGGGCCCUGAAGAAAGAACAGAAACUAGAAGAGAAAGAGGCACAGCAAGUGGUUUCUGUGAAGGAAGAUGCAUCCUUUUUAAGUUCUUUUCUCCCCGAUAUGUCCUGUUGGACCAGAAUGGAUAAGGAUGAAAUUGAUUUAGUUGCCUCAGAAGUUCAAGUGGACCCCAGUUGCCUGCCACUAGUGAACGGGGAAGAUGGUGAUCAAGUCUUUAGGUUUUAUUGGCUGGAUGCUUACGAAGAUCAGUAUAGUCAACCAGGUGUGGUAUUUCUGUUUGGUAAAGUGUGGAUUGAAUCAGCAGAGACCUAUGUCAGCUGUUGUGUGACAGUGAAAAAUAUUGAGAGAACUAUCUAUCUACUGCCACGUGAGAUGCAAAUGGACCUAACUUCUGGUAAAGAGACGGAGAAUCCUGUGACUAUGAUGAAUGUCUACCAAGAAUUUAAUGACCAGAUUGCUGUAAAAUACAAGAUCAUGAAGUUCAGAUCCAAGAAAGUUGAAAAGAAUUAUGCUUUUGAGAUCCCGGAUGUUCCAGUGAAGUCUGACUACCUAGAAGUUAGGUACCUGGCUGAAUUCCCCCGGCUUCCUCAAGAUCUGAAAGGAGAGACGUUUUCUCAUGUAUUUGGAACUAACACUUCUAGCCUGGAACUUCUUUUGAUGAGUAGGAAGAUCAAAGGGCCAUGCUGGCUGGAAAUAAAAAAUCCACAGCCCUUGAAUCAUUCAGUCAGUUGGUGUAAGGUGGAGGCAACGGCCCUGAAACCUGACUUGGUGAAUGUAGUUAAAGAUCUUCCUCCUCCUCCUCUUGUGAUCAUGUCUCUCAACAUGAGGACAAUUCAGAAUGUGAAGACUCACCAGCAUGAGAUCAUGGCUGUUGCAGCUCUAGUCCAUCAAAGAUUUUGUUUGGAUAAAGCACCUCCUCAGCCUCCUUUCCAGACACACUUCUGUGUUAUUUCCAAACCAAACGAUUGUAUUUUCCCUUAUGACUUCAAAGAAAUCAUUAAAAGCAAGAACGCUAACGUAGAGAUUGCUGCAACGGAGAGAACGUUGCUAGGUUUUUUCCUUGCGAAGAUUCACAAAAUUGACCCAGAUAUUAUUGUGGGUCAUAAUAUUUAUGGCUUUGAUCUGGAAGUGCUGCUGCAGAGAAUUAAUGUGUGCAAAGUCCCUCACUGGUCCAAGAUAGGUCGACUGAGGAGGUCCAUCAUGCCAAAGCUUGGGGGUCGAGGUGGCUUUGCUGAAAGGAAUGCAGCCUGUGGUCGGAUGAUCUGUGAUGUGGAAAUUUCAGCAAAGGAAUUAAUUCGUUGCAAGAGCUACCAUUUAUCUGAAUUGGUCCAUCAGGUUUUGAAAACUGAGAGGGUAACAAUUCCACCAGAAGAGAUAAGAAAUAUGUACAGUGAUUCGUCUCACUUACUGUACAUGCUGGAGAACACCUGGACAGAUGCCAGAUUCAUUCUGCAGAUCAUGUGUGAGCUGAAUGUUCUUCCACUAGCCCUGCAGAUUACAAACAUCUCUGGGAAUGUUAUGUCAAGGACAAUGAUGGGUGGGCGAUCGGAGCGUAAUGAGUUCCUGCUGCUUCAUGCUUUUUAUGAGAGAGACUAUAUUGUGCCUGACAAGCAAGUUUUUAAAAAGCCUCAGCAGAAGCUGGUGGAUGAAGAUGAAGAUGUUGAAGAUCAGAAUAAAUCAAAGAUAGGGAGAAAGAAGGCAGCAUAUGCUGGGGGUCUAGUGUUGGAUCCGAAAGUGGGUUUUUAUGACACAUUUAUUUUGCUUCUGGACUUCAACAGCUUGUACCCUUCAAUUAUCCAGGAGUUCAACAUAUGUUUUACCACAGUGCAGAGAGAGUCAUCAGAUGCACAGAAAAGGGCAGAGGAUGGAAUGCAAGAAGAAAUUCCAGAACUACCAGAUCCAUCUCUAGAAAUGGGAAUUUUGCCUAAAGAGAUCAGGAAGCUGGUGGAGAGAAGGCGACAAGUCAAGCAAUUGAUGAAACAGACUGAUUUAAAUCCUGACCUCUAUUUACAGUAUGAUAUCAGGCAGAAGGCUUUGAAGCUUACAGCUAAUAGCAUGUACGGCUGUCUGGGGUUUUCCUACAGUAGAUUCUAUGCCAAGCCUUUGGCAGCUUUGGUGACACACAAAGGGAGAGAGAUUUUGAUGCAUACUAAGGAGAUGGUGCAGAAGAUGAACCUUGAAGUGAUUUAUGGAGAUACAGAUUCCAUUAUGAUAAAUACAAAUAGCACAAACCUGGAGGAGGUUUUCAAGCUGGGGAACAAGAUUAAAAGUGAAGUGAACAAGCUGUACAAAUUGUUGGAGAUUGAUAUUGAUGGGGUCUUCAAGUCCCUGCUACUGUUGAAGAAGAAGAAAUAUGCUGCUCUGACGGUGGAGCCAACAGGAGAUGGGAAAUAUGUUACCAAACAGGAAUUGAAAGGAUUGGACAUAGUCCGAAGAGACUGGUGUGAUCUUGCAAAAGAAACUGGAAACUAUGUAAUUGGUCAGAUUCUUUCUGACCAGUCCCGAGACACAAUCGUGGAAAACAUUCAAAGACGACUAAUAGAAAUUGGAGAAAAUGUGAUAAAUGGCAGAGUCCCAAUAAGCCAAUUUGAAAUCAACAAGGCAUUGACAAAGGAUCCUCAGGAUUAUCCUGACAAAAAAAGCUUGCCACAUGUGCAUGUUGCCAUGUGGAUAAACUGUCAAGGAGGCCGAAAAGUGAAAGCAGGAGAUACUGUGUCGUAUGUGAUCUGUCAGGAUGGGUCAAAUCUGAGUGCCAGCCAGAGAGCAUAUGCUCCAGAACAGCUGCAAAAACAAGAAAAUCUUACUGUUGAUACUCAGUACUAUCUGUCACAACAGAUUCACCCAGUAGUGGCUCGAAUCUGUGAGCCCAUAGAUGGAAUUGACUCUGUUCUCAUUGCAACAUGGUUAGGACUGGAUCCAUCCCAAUUCAAAGUCCAUCACCAUUACCAUAAAGAUGAGGAGAACGAUGCCUUGCUUGGUGGCCCAGCUCAGCUCACUGAUGAGGAGAAAUAUAGGGAUUGUGAAAGAUUCAAGUUUUCCUGUCCGAGAUGUGGAACAGAGAACAUUUAUGACAAUGUCUUUGAUGGUUCGGGAAAGCUUAUGGAACCCAGCUUGCAACAGUGCAGUAAGAAAGAAUGUGAUGAGUCCCCUUUCCACUGUGUGAUUCAAAUGAACAACAAACUACUCUUGGAUAUUAGACGUUACCUAAAAAGCUACUAUAAUAAGUCCAAGAUGGUGACCCCACUCCACCUUCGUAUCAAAGCUUGCAGACCUUAACAUUUGGUGACUUUGAAACUUUGAGUUCUGUUCAGUAUUUCGUGUCAUGCCCGUCGUGGGAGGAAAAAGAUGGAAAAUGUAUACGCUGAGCCUAUAGGACUUCCUGCAGUGCUUAUUAAUCCUUUAUGGAUCAUUUGAAAUGUUUCUAGUUUAUUUAAGCUUUGCUGCUUGUAUCAGAUUGUUCCUGGAAAAAAAAAAAAAUGAUCAUGCUUUGAAUUUUUAAAAGUGUGAUCUCACUUUCAAGCAAAAGCACUUUUAUGCUCCAUUAGAGUUGAAUUUGCCAAACUCUUACAUCGCAUUAACACAAGCUUUACUGGCUAGAUAAAUGUGUUGUUCAAAGACUGACUUGAACUUUACCAAACUGCAUAUUAAGAUUGUGUCUUUUAAUAAUUUUAUAUCUUGAAUGUUUUUUCCGUGUAAACAAAAAAGAGAAACAAAAAUAUGCUAUGUAGUUCUGAUUAAAAGAAUAGGUUUAAACUUUGCUUAGGAGAGGUGCUAGUAGGAAUUUUUAAGCUAGAGUUUAAUUGAAGAUUGUAGUAAAAUAUUUAGGCUAAAUGUAUCAGUGUUUUUCACCCAAGGCAUACUACAGAGAAGUGUUUACAGAAUUGAAAUUCUGGUUUUUUAUAUUUUGUUAGCAUUUUUACAGUAGGUGAUGUGUUCAUUCCGUAGUUGAGUUAGGAGUUCCCUCAUCUUAGGAGUUGUGGUUAAAAGAUUCAUUGUCAGGAGCUGAAAAUUUUCAAGUAAUUCAUCUGGAUAGCAAGUUAAGGACUAGCUCCUGCAAUGGGAGCCAGUAGCACGGACUGGAGCACUUGUAUGGAGUCCCAUUGAGUUCAAUCGACUCCAAACGGACUUGGGCUAGCAGAUCCUGCUGCAGGAUCAAUCUGGACGUGACCAUGUGUCUGGAUAAAGUAUUUUCAUGUAAUGGAUAUAGGGUUCUUUUCUUUCCUACUUUGUUUUUGUUUACUUAGUACACCUAACACUUCUUUUUUCUCUCUUUUGGUUUCCAUUACUGUAGUUACAAUGACUGCUUGCCUGUGUGUGAAUAAAUUGUUACUCCUUUUUGUAUUGACGUGUUUGUCAAAUGUCAGAAUGAGUUAAACUACAAAUUCUAGUUGCUUACAAGGAUCAGAUCUGCCUCUGUGUUUCUAGCAUCUGUUAGUCUAAAGACUCUUGUUUAAAAUACUUUCUGCACUGGAAGUGUAUGCUUCAAGGAUAGCCUGUAUAAGUUUUCUGCACCAUAAUUUAUUUUUUAUACUUUUGUAAUGGGGUACACUUAGGCUUUUCAUGAAUUAAAAAUCAUCUCAAGUGAAAAGUCAUACUAAGUGUUAGAGAAAUAUUACCAUAAAGAUUUAACUCCUAUAAUUUUGUAUGUGGUUUGUAAAUGUUAAAUAGAUUAUUUUAAAAAUAGUAUCAACAUGAAGUAAAACACUUUUUGUUUUUGUAUGUAUAUUCUUUUGCAUAUCACUUAUUGCCAGAGUAACGGAGCAACUCAUUAACUAUUUUAUCCUUAGAACACUCCUAUGGUAAAGGGAAAUAUUAUCUCCAUUUUACAGAUGGGGAAAACUGAGACAGUGAUUUUUCUGAAGAAGUCUGUUACAAAGACUGAAUCCCAAUGCCUUACCCACUAGACCUUCCUUCCUUUUAAACUCUCUGCAGGGUUUUUGUUUUUUUUUUUUAAAUCAAGCUUUCAGAACACUUGAUAAGAAUGGAAAGAGUCAAAAAUAUUUUUUACAAUGGAAAAAAGUUGAAAAUAAUACAUCCAUAGGAAAAUAGAGAAACUUCAAUCAGUGAAAGGCGUGAAGAAAGUACACCACUUGUAUUAAAGAAGUGCCACCACUUAUUCUAACUUUCCUCAAAUUUCCAUUUCAUAUCAGUAAUGGAACCUUGAAAAUAAAUGGGAGUAUCAUAUGGGUUCUCCUGAAAACUUGUACUGAGCAAUCUGUGAAAUUAAGUUUUGUGCAGAUUUCAUCUCUCUUUUCCCUCAUCCUAUUUGUCUUUGGUGCUUUCUAUACAACCAAAACAAUUCUGUUCACAACAGUUGUUAAACUCUCGUAAUUGAAAUUGAUUGUUGCCAAACUCGGCUAAAACUACGUUUUCAAAAAACGUGCAAUAGCCAUGGAAUAACAUCCUCUACCUGGGCUAAAGCAUUUUUCAGGUAUUCUUUAUUCAAGCUUUAUUUGCACCGUAUAAACAAAAUAAAAUCUUGGCUUCUUACAGAAUAGAAGAGCUCUAGUUUAAGAGAGAAAUAACUUGCCUCUAUGUUUCAAGAAGAUUUAAUCUGACAACCAGUGCCAUUUUGUCCUAUGCUUUGAAAAAGAUAGCAGAUAUUUGGAGAUCAAGGAAUGAUAGUGGAUGGCUUUGCUUCAGUCCAUUUGAAAAUACUAUUCAAACCCUGCUUGUUACAUGAUUUGGCUUCAUCCAUACAGGCUGAUGCAAACCAUAUUUGCCUAUUGUUAAACUACGUUGUUUUGACUGAAUAUGUGGCCUUUGUAUUUUAAAGCACAGAUCACUCAGCAGCCAGUUGAUUGGGGCUCAACUGAACCUUGCAGCUGUCUCUGCCACACUGACAGUGUCUUGUACAUUACUUCUUACAAAACGCUAAGGGCCUUACUGCUGUUUAGGGCCCAGGAACCUGUCCCUAGUAAUUUUUUUUCCACACGCUUCAGAGCAACCUUUAUUAAGCUUUACACAUAACUAGAGAUGCCACCUGUAAUAUAAGGUUGCCUGACACUUCCCAUUGCAAGACCCUGCUUUCAGUUAAUUACAAUUUUUCCAAAAUUUAACUGUUCAGACUGACAUUUUCUAUAUUAGGUGUCUGCUUGAAGCUGAUUUUUUUUUUUUUUUUAAGUUUCAGCAAAAGUGGUUCAGCCAUUUCCAAGAAUGAGAUUGUGGGAAAUGUUUUGCCCGUGUGUGGGUUUUUAUUUAAAAUUUUUAGCUGUUUCAUUGAGAUGUGCCAGUGCCUUCAUACUUUCGAGCAGGAACUCAAAAUUUGGCAGAGAGGUCACCCGCUUGUCCGGGAUGUGCCUUUUGUCAUCCCUGGGAAAAUUCACUCAAAUUUUGCCAACUUAUAAACCUCUGAAAAAUUUCAGUUCAUUCAUGGUCAUGCAAGAGACUUGUAGAGUUUGGCAGCUAAAUGUUCUGAUGAUUCUGCCUGUACCAAGGGUGGUCCAUCUGGUCCAUACUCGCCCAGCGCCAGUCUGCAACUGAACUGUACUUGCAUAAUUCCCCACUUAAUGAUUGAAUGGGCUUCAUCACUGGGGCUCCAGAACUUCUGCUGCAAUAAUAAUUGCUGUUCCAGAUGCUAUGGUGCUGGGUACCAAAACUGAAAGCGGGCAACUGGUCUCUCCUGUAUUCUCAAUGCUCCCCGUGCUGAUUCCUGAGCAGUGUGGAGGAGGAGGAGGAGAAAGCCACCUGACUCGAAUGUAGGGUGGAAAGGAACCCCAGAAACCUCCAAGAUGGGGACUGGGCAGA